AUGCCAGAAACUGCGGCAAUAAGAGAGAUCAGAAAUUAUCAGAAGAGCACGGAAACACUGAUCCAGAAACUUCCAUUCCAAAAACUGGUGAAAGAUAUAGCCCAAAGUUUGAAGGCAGAGUUACGGUUCCAGAGCAGCGCUGUUGAUGCUCUCCAAGAAGCAGCUGAAGCUUAUAUGGUUUGA